AUGGAGGACCCACUGCUCUCGGCCGCGCCCAUUAACCCUAACAACUUCCCCGCCAAGCUGUGGCGCCUUGUCAACAGCCCGCGCUUCCGCUCCAUCCGCUGGGACGCCCGGGGCGAGGGACUCCUCAUCGACCAGCCCUUGUUCGAAGCCGAGCUCCUGGGCGCCGGCGGCAGCGGAAUGGCCGUCGCAGUGGGAGGCGGCCCGGGGGGCGAUAGCGCCGGCCCUACCGGCGGCUCUUCAGUGUCUCCAUCUUCGUCGUCCACUUCCUCGCCGGAGUUGUUCAAGACAACCAAUUUCACUAGUUUCAUCCGGCAGCUCAAUUUGUACGGCUUCCGCAAAGUGGUGCUAGGCCCGCCGGGAGGCAGCGGGGGAUCUUCGUCUGGCGGCGGAUCCACCGCAGGCGCCUCAGCCGCCGCCUCGGCCCCCGGCGGCCCCUUGCACCAUUUUCACAGCCCGCACUUUCGUCGCGACCGGCCCGAUCUGUUGGUGCAUCUCAAACGCCUGACUAGCGCGAAUAAGGCCAAGCUCGCCGCAGGCCUGGAAGUCACCAGCCGGCCACCCAACCGCUUCCAGCGCCUUCUCAGCACCUCCCUUCACGGUGGCGAGGCCCUCCUCAGCCAGCAACAUCAGCACCAUCACAAUCCCCCGCCGGCACAUGCAGGGGCCGUAGCUGCCAAGAACAACGACAACAAGCCCGCACCAUUGACUUUAGAGCAGGUUCAUCGAUCUUUUCGGCGAGACAGUUUAUCUCCUUAUUCCUAUCUGUCGCCAUCAUCUCACAGCCAAAAUGCUUUUCCACUGAAAGGUUCCGAUCGGACUCCUUUUCCUCCCAGAACAUGGCAGAACUCCCUUGGAUUGCUCCCAGGUCAGGUGGAGACAUCAACUUUUUCAGACAAAGGUGUUCCAUUUCCUGUGCUACAGAGGUUCCCAACAGAAGUAACUUACACUCUGCAGCCCAGCUCUACAUCUGUACACAUUCAACAAGGGCCUCAGACAAUGGCCACAUCUUCCCAGAAAUAUACCAGUUAUGCAGCUUCAGCACCAUACUCUCAAGCUUACUAUCCAACAGCUGUAUUACAAUGUUGUUCUCCACCUACCCACAUGGAUCCCCUAAGUGGUUGUGGUAGUCCUGCAGCCUCAAUCUAUACACACUGCAGCUAUUUUCAGAAUCCACCAAUGCAAUCUUCAUAUCCAGUUGAAUUUUUGCCUUCUAAUUGGUCCUGCAACACCUCUGAUGAAAACAAGAAGACAGAAGUCAAUCUAGAAGCCGUCUUCCAGAUUGUUGAUGAAAUGCAUUCAUCCCCAAAGCUGGAAAUGGUAAAAGUAGAACCAGUGGAGAACCAAUGUCCAACUUCACAAUCAAAUCGAAACCAGCAAUUAAUAGUUAAUUCAGGGAAUAGUGAUACAGCUUCUUCAGGUCAAACCAGCCACUUAGAACCUCUAACACCUGUAGGCUCAGAUAUCACAUCCUUUGUUGUAGAGUCUGAACAAGCUAUAGCUUGCUCCUUGCCACAGUCUCCAGAGUUUAUUUAUGCUAUUCAUACCACAGAACCUGUGGAGAAUACCACAACUCAAAUAGUGCAGCAGCCUACAGUCACACCACAAACAUCAGCAAAGGUCAAAGAACUGAACCAGUCUUCUGCAGUGUCUUCCAUGGUAUUUGUUCAAGAGGAACUUCCAUUCAGUCAGACACAGGAGGAUCCUAAUAUAAAGUGUGAGACAAAUACAUCAGAGACUGUUGCGUCCUCAGAACAAAUUGGUUUCCUCAUUUCAGAGGUGGGUCCUCUCAGCAAAUGUGCCAAAGAUUCAGUUUCAUCCGUCCAAACCAAAUGCAGAGAAAGAAGGAGCAGUUCACAGAAGGGCAAAUCCCCUGAUCUACAUUUGCUAGUGGAUGUGGCUUGCAAGCAAGAGCAUUUUCCAAAGGAAGAAGAAUUAAGGGAGUGA